UUCUCCAAAACCCGGGUUUUAGCCGGUUUACGGUUCGGCCGGCCAAAAUCCCGGUUUUUACCAUUUUAAACCGGGUUUUGCAAUUUUCGGGUUUAUAUUACCAAUCGAACCGGGUUCGUGGACUGGUCCGGAACAAACGGGAGGGAAAGCCCUCAUGUAGCCGGCGGCAGGAAUUAAAAAUCCGGCUUACCUCGUUGCUUACGUCACUUCCUCUCUCUCUCUCUCUCUUCGUCGUAAUUUGCAGGAAUCAGGUUAUUCUGGCUUUACAUUCCAGCACUUCUAUUUGAAGUACUUAUGGCGAAACAGAGUAGUAAUCGAGCAACUCAAGUAAUCGAAGCUGUGGGCAGUUUUCUUCGCAGAUGCAUAGGUUCGAUUCUUUCUGCUGGUCCUAUUCCAAAACACAUUGCUUUUAUUAUGGACGGAAAUCGAAGAUACGCUAAAAAGCAAAACCUAGAAGAAGGGGCAGGCCACAGAUUCGGAUAUUCAACCCUUAUGAACAUGUUGAAAUACUGCUACGAGCUGGACGUAAAAUACGUCACGAUUUAUGCCUUCAGCAUUGAGAAUUUCAAGAGACGCCCCGAAGAGGUGCAAUCCACUAUGCAGCUGAUACAAGAAAAGAUCGAAGGGCUGAUCGAGAAAGAGAGCAUAGUCAACCGCUAUGGUGUUCGAGUGCACUUCAUCGGAAACCUUAAACUCCUGAGCAAGCCCGUCCAGCUAGCUGCCGAGCGAGCCAUGAACGCCACCUGGCAUAACUCGAAGGCGGUUCUUUCUAUAUGCAUUGCCUACACAUCUACGGAUGAGAUUGUGAAUGCCGUUGAGGAGAGCUGUAAAGAGAAACAGAAAGGGAACGAGAAAUUAUUGGAUGAAAUUGGAGAGGGCCCGCUUAUUGACGUGGCGGAUGUGGAGAAACAUAUGUAUAUGGCAGUUGCACCUGAUCCUGAUAUUAUAAUCAGAACUUCUGGCGAGACACGAUUGAGCAAUUUUCUCCUGUGGCAGAGUGCACGUUCACUACUGUACUCCCCCGGUGUGCUUUGGCCUGAGAUUGGAUUCUGGCAUUUGGUGCGAGCGGUUCUUGAUUUUCAAAAGAAUUAUGCGUAUACAGAAAAGAAAUCGAAAGAAAGUUAGAUAUGGGUUGUGUCAUUGUACUGUAGUUAAUCAAUUGUGUGUUUUUAUGCGUUACAUUUGCAGGAGAUCGAUUUUCAUCGGUUUUAAUUACAUUAAUGUUGCAUUUAGUUACCUGUGAUGAAUGACAACUGAGAUUUUGUGCAAGAAACUUGUGUACAGUGCUAGUUGAAGUAACUCUCUGCAUUUUGCUAAUCUCCCAUUGAUUUAAA